CCACUAACGGCGUGGAGAGCCAGUAGACACACCUCAAAAAGAAGCACCUAAACCGCCUUUUUGGGGGUUUUCCUGCAUCUUAACCUGUCAGCAACGGAGCGGUCGGUUCAGAAGAUCCGGAUUGCGCAUGCAACCAUGGCCAGGAGCUGCCCCAACCGUGGUGGCCUCUUGAGUCCUGAGGACAUGCUGAAAGAGAUCCAAGUCAACUUGCUGGAGUGUAAAGUCUGCUUUGAGAAGUUCAACACCCAGCAAGCCGAACGCAGACCUCAGAACCUCUCGUGCGGUCACGUCCUGUGUCUGGAAUGCAUCAGGGCCCUGUCCCACCCUCUCCUGAGGAAGCUCGAGUGCCCUUUCUGUCGACAGCUGUGCAGCAUUGAUGCCACCUCCCACUGCCAGGCCCUGUGCGACCUGCAGGAGAUGCUGUUCGUCAUUCCCGACGUUCCUCGCUCGGAGAAAGGAGGAGAAGAGGCGAUUACGGGUGUGGGGAGCAAAGCCUUAAACCUCUGCAUGACCUUUGGUGGUUGGGGGGCUCUUAUCAACCCUUCUGGAUUGGCAGUGAUGAAGUCCUCAGGGACGAUCUUUGUAGUGCAUGAUGGUGAGAAAAGGGUGGUGGCGUUGAGUCCACAGGGACGGAAGCAACACACUUUCGGACCGAGGGGACACGCCGGCGAAGAUGUUUGCUUCGCGGUGGAUGUGGCGGUGACCCGCUGUGGUCACGUCGUGGUGACGGACGCAGGAGAUAAAGCGGUCAAGGUGUUCACCUCCAGGGGACGCCACGUGCUGACUAUCAAGGCCCGCUUCUCUCUGCCGUGGGGAGUGGACACAGACAGCAGUGGACACAUCCUGGUGACUGAUGUCCAGGCGGGAACACUGUCCCGCUUUAAAGUGGACUACAAACAUGGCGUCACCCAGGAGGAGGGAGUGGUGGUUUCAAACCUGCAGCAUCCUAAGUCGGUGGCGUGCGGUGGGCGUACCGGCAACACGGCAGUCAUGGAGCAUGUGACACAAGACACGCAGCAUCUCACAGUGUUUACCGAGGACUUCCAUGUUCUCUACCGUGUGGAUAGUUUUGGUCUCAAGCUAAUGUCCUCUGUCACGAUGUCAGGUGUGACGUUCGACACAAAUGGACACCUGCUUGUGUUCGACUCCCAACAGGGGAUGAUUUGGAGUUUCGGGAAUAUGCAAAGCGGUCCGGUCCUUACUCCUCUGGUGUCAGACCAUCUAAUUAGACCUGUUGGACUGGUCCCACUUAACAACACUCUCAUUGUUGUGGACGGGGGAGACCAUACAGUCAAAGUUUACUCUUGACCGCCUGUUUGGUUAGAUUGACAGUGUAAAGUGUAACAUCCAAACACAGCAACUAUGAAUUAAUCUAUUAAUUCAUAGUUCACAGUUAUAGAAUUAAUCUAUACACUGUAUCGUGAUAUCAUUGAAAAAAGUAAAUGCUGUUAAAAAAACUCUAAAUUUUCCCCACAAUUAAAUACUGUCUUAUUAAAUCUCUUACAUGUUACCUCACAGAUUAAAUCUUAAAAACAAUACAUUUGUGUAUUCGGCCUUUAAUGAGGUGAUGUGAGAGAGAACUAAAGGUACUAAAGGUAUUAUUCUUAGCUCUCACAGAGUACACACAGUAGGUGUAAAAAUAAGCUAGCCACAGUUGAUAUUAUAAACGGCGUAAUCCUUGUUGGUCACAUAAACACUAAACACAGCUAACUUUAACGCAGGGACAACAUUUAGAUUUGAUACCUAACCCUAACCACUACUCAUUAGUUCCUCAGUAACUACUCUACUCAUUUGUUCCUCAGUAACUACUCUAAAUGUAUGUGUCUCACUUGCCCAGCAACUACUCUACUCAUUAGUUCCUCAUUCGUUCAUUAGUUCCUCAGUAACUACUCAUUAGUUCCUCAUUCAUUCAUUAGUUCCUCAGUAACUACUCUACUCAUUAGUUCCUCAGUAACUACUCUACUCAUUAGUUCCUCAUUUGUUCAUUAGUUCCUCAGUAACUACUCUUAAUGUUUGUGCCUUACUUCCCCAGCAUUAGUUCCUCAGUAACUACUCUUAAUGUAUGUGCCUUACUUCCCCAGCAUUAGUUACUCAGUAACUACUCUACUCAUUAGUUCCUCAGCAACUACUAUACUCAUUAGUUCCUCAUUUGUUCAUUAGUUCCACAGUAACCACUCUAAAUGUAUGUGCCUUAGUUAUUAGUCCCACAUUUGUUCUUCAUUCGUUCCUCAGUAACUACUCUAAAAUG